AUGAAAACCGCCUGGCAGCGUCUGAUUCGCUUUGUAGCAACAGACGGUCGCCUCCUAUAUGGUGAACCCGUUCUGCCUCAUCCUAAUUUUGACUUGGGAGAGACGGUGGAGGAGACAAAACUGCAGGCGUACGUGAUUGUGGGGGAGGAUCUCUACGAUACUUCGGGGGCCACUACAGUCACGGACGAAGUGGUGACCGUAAAGGAGCUUUUGGGGCCGUUGACUCCAAAGAGUGUCCCAAUCCUGAGAUGCAUUGGGCUGAAUUAUUUGACGCACAUCAAGGAGACUGGUGGGGGCAUUCCUUCGUACCCAACUCUGUUCAUUAAACCACCCAACGCUGUUCACGACCACGGUCAAAAUGUGGUAAUCCCCAAGAUUGCGCAAGAUGAGCAAGCGGAUUACGAAGGAGAGCUGUGCGUGGUCCUUGGAAAGGAGGCCAAAGACGUUGCUGAGCAGGAUGCUCUCGAUUACGUGGCCGGUUAUACAGUAGGAAACGAUGUCUCAGCUCGCAAGAUCCAGUUGGAUCCAAAACUAGCUGGUCCUAAGCCCCAGGCCUGUUUUGCCAAAGGAUUCGAUACAUUCGCACCUCUGGGCCCAGCCCUAAUAGGAACGAGCAUCAUAUCUGAUCCAUCUACUUUGACGUUGCAGACACGCAUUGAUGGUGAACUGCGCCAGCAGGGCGAUUUGAAUGAUUUGGCCUUCUCAAUCCCCUAUUUGAUCCACUAUUUGUCGUCCGGGACUACGCUAGAGAAGGGCAGCGUUAUAAUGACAGGGACCCCUGGAGGUGUGGGAUGGUUCUUCAAGCCUCCAAAGCCUUUGGUAUGUGGGACGAAAAUGGAGAUUUCAGUCCCAAACAUCGGAACCUUGCGGAAUGGGAUUCAGCACGCCGAGUAA